AUGUCGCAACCGUCAGGGGGACAGAUGAUUACUCAGAGGCAGUUUGAUUUUAUUUCACGCCUUGAUAAUGCAACUACGGUUGAAUCACGCAAUCGCGUAAUAAACGAGUUUCGGGGCGAGAAUAACGAAUAUUUGCAAACGAUUGCCCGUAAUUUGCAAAUGCUACUACGCAUCCGGAAUUAUCGGGGUGUUUUCUUAUCGAGACAGGGCGUAGCCACGCUUGUCAAAGUACUUAGUGGCAAGGAAACCAACUGCGAACUUCAUUAUCAACUCAUUUUUUGCCUUUGGUGUCUCAGUUUCAAUGGUGAUCUUGUGCAGUCAAUGGUGAAGGACCCUACUCUUCUACCCGCGGUUUCUGAUGUCUUUUGUGAAGCCGAACGAGAAAAGGUCCUGCGCAUCUCUAUGGCUUUUCUUCGGUCGGUGCUUGAGAAAUUGGAAAACCCGGCUCUGGUGCGUGAGUGUUCCCUCCGCAUGGUCCAAUGCAAGGUCCUGAAACGCCUCGAACUCCUAGCGCAGAAGGAUUUUAGUCAUGACCCUGAGAUGACCGAUGAUCUCAAAUUCCUUCAGGAGACCCUUAAGGCGAGCGUGCAAGAUGUUAGCAGUCUUGAGGAGUACGCGACUGAAUUGACCUCGGGUCGGUUGGAGUGGUCGCCUGUUCACAAAUCCGAGAAAUUCUGGCGUGAAAAUGCCGUCAAGUUUACGGACAAGAACUACGAGCUCCUGAAAAUGCUCGUCUACCUAAUGGAGAACUCGACAGAGCCGUUGAUUCUCUCAGUGGCCGCUCACGACGUUGGAGAGUUUGUUCGGCACUACCCCCGCGGAAAACAAGUCAUCGAUCAGCUGGGUGGGAAGCAAGUGGUCAUGUCGCUGCUGCAGCACAACGACGCCAGUGUUCGCUACAACGCUCUUCUCGCACUGCAGAAGAUCAUGGUUCACAAUUGGGAGUAUUUGGGGCGACAACUUGAACCACAGAAGGCUGCAGCCGCGCGAGCCAAGUAG